GUGACAUGGACAUGCACGCACUUAAAAUUAUAGUAUUAGCUAUCAGAGGGGUAGCAAACAGUGGGUUUGAGAGAAUUUUUCACGUGGGAAAGGGAACAUGAUGGAUGGGAUGUGGUCCAUGAGGGAUCAGCCGCGUGAUUCACCGGCGGAGGGUGGAGAUUUUAAGAGCCCUGGCCUGGCACAGCGUGAAAAAGGAAAAGAGAUGGAGAUGGCGACGGGGAUGGGAGAUGCGGAUCCCAAGGAUGGUGGGGUUUCCUGACCAAGAAAGGAACAGUUCUCUUUUCCCAACAAAGCAUGUCACGGAACGGAACCAAGACCUGCAACAGUUGUAGGAGCUGAAACUGCGAGGCAUGAAAUCAAAUUUUUAUAUUAUU